AUGGAGACACCACGUCGUUUGCUGUCGUGGCUCAGUGUAUUCACGCUGCUCCUAUCAGCUGCUGUCGGAGCAGUCGCUUUGCCAGGUUCAUUCAACGAUCAAGGCCAACAGGAAUGGUCAAAGAUCAAGUCGAGAGUUGCCUCCGGACGUCAAAAUAAUUCCACUCGCGACACAUACCUCAUUGGCGUUGGCAAAGCAGACAUUACAGGCCCCGUCGCUGACAUUAUUCUCACUGGCUAUGCAAACCUCGAACAAGUCGGUGGUGGUAUUCGGCAGAGACUCUUCAGUCGUGCCUUUAUCAUUGGUGACGUGGAUAAUCCAAAUGACAGAAUUGUCUAUGUUGUUCUUGACAAUCUCGUUGGGGACACGGCAGUCCGGUAUGGCGUUUUAGAUGGCCUCAAAGCCUUGGGGCCAGACUAUCUCGCAUAUGGCCAACACAACGUGGCACUUGCGGCGACACAUAGCCAUUCUGCUCCAGGUGGCUGGAACAAUUAUCUGAUCCCCCAGAUCCCAGGGCUAGGGUUCAGUAAAGAAAGCUAUCAAGCCAUUGUGGAUGGGGCUGUCCUCUCCAUCAAACGAGCACAUGAGAACAUUGAAGAGGGAUACCUUGAUGUGGGCACGACCGAAAUCACAGAUGCGUCCAUCAAUAGGUCCCAAUGGUCAUACUUGCACAAUCCUCCGGAAGAGCGUGCCAAGUACAGCGCAUCAACUGACACAACCAUGACCUUGUUGUGCUUCACUCGGGCCUCAGAUAAUAAAAUCACUGGAGUGUUGAAUUGGUUUCCGGUCCACGGUACUUCCCUUUACCGGAACAACACCCAUGUUGCGGGGGACAAUAAAGGUCUUGCAGCAUGGAUGACAGAGCAAGCCAUGAAGACAGACUCUGCAUUUGCAGACGGGUUCGUCGCGGCAUUUAGCCAAGCAAACCUCGGAGAUGCGACUCCUAAUAUAGAGGGCGCAUGGUGCGAAGAUGGGUCGGGUAAGCAGUGUGAUUUUGAGAAUGCAACAUGUGCAGAUGGAACAGUCGCAAAGUGUCAGGGGCGAGGUCCGCAUUGGCAAGUUCAGGACCAAGGAGCAAGCAGCUGCCACGAAAUUGCACUUCGUCAAUUGAAAGGUGUCAAAGAGAUAUUGGCUACCAUGUCCAAAUCGUCCACUCCAGUCCAAGGGUCAACCGUCAAAUCUUUUCAUUUCUUCCACGAUAUGGAAUAUUGGGAGUUCACAUUACCGAAUGGCAAGACGGCAAUGACGUGUCCCGCGGCUCUUGGUUACGCUUUUGCAGCUGGCACAACUGAUGGCAGAGGCGAGUUUGACUUUGUGCAAGGAGACAAUGGCAAACCGCAUAACCGCCAGUGGGACUUUCUUCUGCACCUCAUCAAGGAUCCAUCUCAACGUCAGACAGACUGUCAAAAGCCGAAGCACAUAUUUCUGAGUGCAGGGGAGCUCAAGCACCCGUACGAGUGGGAACCAAGCAUUGUCGAUGUCAUGAUGUUCAGGGUUGGACAAUUGGUUAUGAUCCUAAGCCCAAGCGAAGUCACAACAAUGAGUGGUCGUCGUUGGAAGGAGGCUGUUGGAAAGCAGGCAGCCAAGUUUGUGCCAGAUCCAAUUGUAGUCCUAGGGAGUCCGGCCAACACAUAUGCGCACUAUGUUGCAACACCAGAGGAAUAUGACGUUCAGCGCUAUGAAGGAGCUUCAACCCUCUUUGGCCGUCAUGAACUCGACGCUUAUAUCAACUUGACUGUGAGUAACAUGCACUACUUGAAGCCCAACGCAACAGAUAAGCCAGAGCAAGGAAAGUUGCCUCAGGACAAUAGGAAGAAUUCCAUCAGUCUUAUCACGCCUGUGAUUUAUGAUACGCCUCCGCCAUUCCGGGCAUUUGGUAAGGUUUUGAGCCAGCCCAAGGCUUCGUACAAACGUGGCGACACAAUCAGAGCAACUUUUCAAGGAGCGAAUCCGCGCAAUAAUCUCCGUUUAGAAGACACCUUUGCAGCAGUUGAGAAGCAAGGAGCGAAUGAGAAAUGGAGCCAGGUGGUUGACGAUUCGGACUGGUACCUUGUGUAUACGUGGCGGCGCACAAGCACCAUCUUGGGAUAUAGCGAGGUCGAUUUUACGUGGGAUACGUCCGGGAACGCUGUGCCAGGGACCUAUCGCUUCAAGUAUUACGGCGAUGCAAAGAGAAUUGGCGGUGCGAUUGAAGCAUUUACCGGUACUAGUGAUCCGUUCAAGAUUAGCUAG